AUGUACGGUGCAGACGCACUUGACAGUGUCGGACACGCCAACACGAGGCCUAGGAGCGCCUGCGAACAAAAGAACGCACAUAUACAGCUGGAUGCCAACACAAUGCUGAAGGGAGGGAAGUCUUCUUUGUGGAGGGCCGACACGCUGCAGACUUGCAAUCCAGAACCACACCCGAGUGGUUCUUCGGCCCCAGUGACCGGGUGUGCGCCAUUUCCAUUGCCGCAGUGCAUCAAGUCCUCGUCUGCUGCUUCGCCCUUGGAGAUGACCUGUUGCAGGGUCCCCAUGGCUUUUUGCACUUGA